CGGAGGGUGGCUUGGGUGGUAGGAGGAGGAUCCCGGGAUAAACAAGCCUGACUCUCCUGCUGGAUGAGGGAAUAUGGCGGCUGUGGAUGUGCGGGACCCCCGGCCAGCAUUGCCCACUGAGCAGUAAGCGGUAUAUUCCAGAUUACAGAAGAGCUGUUUAUGGAAAGGAAAUACAUGUUCAUGCGCCUCAUGAUGCAUUAACAGAGGUGGUGAUGUCAAAACAUCUGGGAAGACACCAUGAGCUCCAGCAUGCUGCAUUUUUGAAAAGAAGCCAGAAAAAAAGCCUCCUACGGAAAUAAUGUCCAGAUUUCACAAUUGUAUCGCCACAUUUGAGGGGGUGUUCCAGUCUAAAUGAAAGUUGCUGAUAUGUGUUCAAGAUGAGUGGAAUAGGAGAUAAUCCCUCGGACCCUUCCAGGGUGGAGCAGCGGAAGAGAAAGGAGAGUCCAGAUCAGCUUGGCCCAAGCCCCAAGAGGAGCACUGAGAAGCGAAACAGAGAGCAAGAGAACCGCUACAUUCAGGAGCUGGCAGAGCUGAUUUUCGCAAAUUUCAAUGAUAUUGACAACUUCAACUUUAAACCCGAUAAAUGUGCAAUCUUGAAGGAAACUGUGAAGCAAAUUCGGCAGAUCAAAGAGCAAGAUAAAACAGCUUCAAAUGAGGAUGAAGUUCAGAAAGCAGAUGUAUCCUCAACAGGCCAAAGUGUCAUAGACAAGGAUGCACUCGGCCCGAUGAUGCUGGAGGCCUUAGAUGGGUUCUUUUUUGUGGUGAACCAUGAAGGGAAUGUAGUGUUCGUCUCUGAGAAUGUGACUCAGUAUCUCCGGUACAACCAGGAAGAGUUAAUGAAUACCAGUGUAUAUAGCAUAUUACAUGUCGGAGACCACACUGAGUUCAUCAAAAACCUGCUGCCAAAGUCUUUAGUUAAUGGGGGACCUAGACGUAAUAGCCAUACCUUUAAUUGCCGUAUGCUGGUGAAGCCAAUAGCAGAGUGUGACGAGGAAACUCAUGACAGUCGGGAAACACACCAGAAAUAUGAAACUAUGCAGUGCUUUGCAGUAUCCCAACCAAAGUCCAUUAAGGAAGAAGGAGAAGAUUUACAGUCUUGCUUGAUAUGUGUGGCCAGAAGAGUUCCAUUGAAAGAAAGACCUCCACCUCCUCCCUCCGAAACAUUCUCAACUCGUCAGGACUUGCAAGGUAAAAUAACCUCGCUGGACACAAGCAACAUGAGAGCGAUAAUGAGACCAGGCUGGGAGGAUUUAGUGCGGCGCUGUAUUCAGAAAUUCCAUUCUCAUGAUGGAGAAUUGUCUCUCAGCAAAAGACAUCACCAAGAAGUUCUCAGGGUAGGGCUUGCUUUAAGUCCUAUAUACCGAUUUUCAUUGUCUGACGGCACGGUUGUCGCUGCCCAAACGAGGAGCAAGCUCAUCCGCUCUCCGAAUACAAAUGAACCUCAGCUUGUAAUAUCCAUUCACAUGCUUCAAAGAGAGCAGAAUAUAUGUGGAAUGAAUCAGGACAUGACUGGACAAAACAUGGGUAAGACGUUAGACCCUCUUUCCAGCAGCCCAGCUCAUCACGCAGCGUGCAGCGGGAACCCUGGUCAGGACAUGACCAUAAGUAGCAAUAUGAAUUACGCCAUAAAUGGCCCAAAGGAACAAAUGGGCUUGUCAUCUGGCAGAUAUGUUGGCUCGGGAGGGAUGAACCAUGUCUCCAACAUGCAAGCUGCCACUCCUCAGGGUAAUAACUAUGCACUCAAAAUGAAUAGCCCUUCACAGGGAAGUCCUGGCCUGGGCCAGGGUCAGCCUAACUCUAUGCUUUCUCCAAGGCAUCGUGUAAGCCCGGGAGUGGCAGGAAGUCCUCGGCUUGCACCCAGUCAGUUUUCCCCUGCAGGAAGUUUGCAUUCGCCAGUUUGUAGUAGCACAGGAAAUAGCCAUAGUUUUGCCAAUAGCUCUUUGAAUGCACUUCAGGCUCUUAGUGAGGGCCACGGGGUUCCUCAUGCCCCACCCAUGGCAUCACCUGACCUGAAAAGCGGGAAUGUACAAAAUUCGCCAGGUAGCAUGAACCCGCCCCAGCUGAGAAAAAUGGGGAGUGUGGAAUCUUUCGGGCUUUAUGGGGAGCAGCCUGAGGCUGGAGCUGUUCAAGCAGAGACUAACUGCCGCCCAUCAGACCCGAAGGAUUGCGGUGACAGCAUGGCUCCUGGUGGGGACAAAAUGGACGGGCCCAACAGACUGAUGGACAGCAAAAGCCAGACAAAACUAUUGCAGUUACUUACCACCAAAUCUGAUCAGAUGGAGCCCUCACCACUUAACUCUUUGGGAGAUACAAACAACAGAGACUCCUUGGGACACUUUGCAGCGAAUAGUAUGUCUGCCUCAGCACAUGGAACCUCACUGAAAGAGAAGCAUAAAAUUUUGCACAGACUUCUUCAGGACAGCAGCUCGCCUGUUGACCUGGCCAAGCUCACAGCAGAGGCCACUGGGAAAGAACUGAAUCAGGAGUCCAAUAGCACAGGCCCUGGCUCGGAUGUUGCUAUAAAGCAGGAACCAGUCAGCCCCAAAAAGAAAGAAAAUGCACUACUUCGUUACUUGUUGGAUAAGGAUGACAGCAAGGAUAAUCAAGCCGAUAUCACGCCCAAGCUGGAGCGCCUGGAGAACAAGAUGGACCCUGGGAACUGCACCAGGCCGGCAUCAGUAAAGAUUGAAAAAGAGGAGCCUGUAUUUUCAUCGGAUCAGCUUUUACCAACCAACUCAGAUUUGGACAACUUGGACGAAAUCCUGGACGAUUUACAGAACAGCCAGUUAAACCAGCUUUACUCUGACGCGCGGCCUGAUGCGAACUCUGUCGAUAAACAGGCUAUCAUCAAUGACCUGAUGCAGAUCACUGGUGAUAACAGCGCAGCCCUACCUCCCGGCUUGCAGAGGCAGAGAGCUCUCCGGCUACAGCAGAGCAUGUUCAAUAAUCACCAUGCUGCACAGCUUCAACUUGGAAGACUUUUACCAAACCAGAACGUCCCGUUGGAGAUUGGCUUACAAAACCAGACCACUGCUGGAUCCUUUCAACCCAUGAGGAAUACCAGCCCCUUCUCUGCCAUGCAACCUUCUGGAAUGAUCAGCAGUCAGGGAAUGAUGGCCGGCCAAGGUGGAGUGGGCAACAGUAGUCCUGGAAUGAUGGGUGGAAAUGGUCCAAGGCCAGCUUUACAGUCGGCUGAGUGGGGUUCACAGAAGGCAAAUGCUGUGAGGGCAGGGUGUCCCGCAACUGGCAGUGCCAUGAACAGGCCAAUGCAGAGCAUGAUUCGCAGUCCAACCUCAAGUAUUUCAAUGAGGCCCACCAACCAGACAUGUCCCAGGCCAAUGAUGCAGUCUCCUGGUAUGAGUAUGGGAACUUCUGACCUAGACAUGAACCUGACUGGACCACCAUAUACCCAGCCACAGGCGCCUCCUAACCAAACGGCUCCAUGGCCUGAUAGUAUUUUGCAUAUUGAUCAAACUUACAGCAAUCAGGGCAGGCAGCAAUUCAGUUCAUCGGAAGACAUACUUUGUCAGCCCCGUUCAUCGGAGUCUCCAAACGAGGAGGUGAACCUCCUUCAUCAGCUUUAUAUGGCUUUGCGAAAUUUUGAUGGUUUGGAGGAGAUUGAUAGAGCUCUUGGAAUACCAGAACUAGUUAGUCAGAGUCAGACUGUUGAUCCAGAUUCAUUCGUUAGUCAAGAAUCAAACUUGAUCAUGGAACAGAAAGCUCCUCUCUAUAACCACGCGUACACCACUCAAGGCCAGAUGGCUCAGAAUAGCUAUGCUCAAAUGCCGGAUCCAAACUUCCACCCUAUGGGACAGCGUCCUAACUAUGGAAUGCUGCGCAUGCAAACCCGGCCCGGAUUGAGGCCCACUGGAAUGGUACAAAACCAACCAAACCAGUUAAGGCUCCAGCUGCAGCACAGGCUCCAACAAGCACAGCAGAACCGGCAACCACUAAUGAAUCCUAUGAAUAAUGUCUCCAACAUGAACAUGUCUAUGAGGCCAGGAGUACCAGCACAGAUGAGGGAGCAGGCGCCGAUCAAUGCACAAAUGAUGGCACAAAGGCAAAGGGAGAUCUUGAGUCAGCACUUAAGGCAAAGGCAACUUCAACAGCAGCAGCAAGUGCAACACAGGGCCAUGAUGAUGAGAGGACAAGGACUGUCUAUGCCGCCAAACAUGGUGGCUUCUGCAGCCAUGUCAGGAUCAAUGAGCAGCCCUCGGAUACCACAAGGCAAUGCACAGCAGUUUCCAUUUCCUCCGAACUACGGUACUGGAAUUCCAUCCCCACCACCUUUCACCAGUCCUUUCUCCCCAGUGCCCCCCAGCCCUGGGUCACAGUCGCUGUCUCACAGCUCUUUGCAUGGCUCCCAGAUGAAUCUGGCUAACCAAGGGAUCAUGGGCAGUAUGGGAGGACAGUAUGGGCCUGUCUUGAAUCCCCCAGUUCAGCACAAUGCCUUCCAGUUUGCCAGCUCAGGAAUGAGCCAGCAGUCAGACCCUGGAUUCACUGGGGCAACUACCCCUCAAAGCCCAAUUAUGUCACCCAGAAUGGCCCAUACCCAGAGUCCCAUGAUGCAACAGUCACAAGCCAACCCAGCAUACCAGACAGCUGACAUGAAUGGAUGGGCACAGGCAAACAAUGGGGGAAACAGUAUGUUUUCACAACCAUCUCCACCACACUUUGGUCAACAAACUGGUGCAGGCAUGUAUAAUACCAAUAUGAACAUCAAUGUCUCUAUGGCAACCAGUGGAAAUGGCAUGAAUAGCAUGAAUCAGAUGGCUGGACAGAUCAAUAUGACUUCAGUGACCUCUGUGCCUACAUCAGGGCUGUCCUCUAUGGGUCCAGAGCAGGUUAAUGAUCCCACUCUGAGAGGAGGCAGCCUCUUUCCAAACCAGCAACCUGGAAUGGAUAUGAUUAAACAAGAAGGCGAUGCAUCAAGGAAAUACUGCUGACCCUGAAGAUCCUGGGGAUGUGCUGUCCUUCUGCUGACCAUCGUGAACCUUUCUCUGGUCUGGAAGAGUUUGGUCACCAUGGCAGUUCAUAUAGACUGGUGUGAGAUGCCAGCUUGCAGGCCCUUGUAGAGGUGACCUGACCUGCCUCCAGAUUCAAAGCUGAAGUUGUGUUUUCCGUGAUGCAGCCUCUUCACCAGGCAGUGUGGAGCUAGAAUACAGACCGGCGGCCCGUCUGUUCACUGCAUUCACCUUAGUGCGACUUAGUUUCCUGCUGUGGAGUCAUUAUGGACAGGCAAAUGUCAUUGGACUAUUUGAAAUGAAUGUAUUUAAUUGUAUGUAUUUAAGAAAAACUAUGCUUUUUGUUUUUCAUUUUCCUCUUUUUCUCAAGUUUUUGACACUGGUUUCUAACCUUAUAUUUCUUGGGCUUUUAGCCCAGUAGAUACUUUUGCUACCACAUGAAGGCUUUUUCCCCUCCUUUUUCCCCAUUUUGGAAAUGUAUAUUUUUUAUUUGUGGGUGGGAUGUUAUAAAUUUAUGGGUGAAAGCCAGGUUAUUACUAAAAUGCACCAGAGCAAAGCAUGAUGAAAUCAAGGCACUAUGGAUAAUUGUUCUGCACCGACACAAACUGGGUAUUUCAUGGAAGAAAAUGGUUUAAGUAGGCAGGUUUUAUUUUUGACUACUCUUUUAGGGGUUGAUAUUUUUCUGAGGCUAGUCAAUCGUAGCAGGGAGUGUACAAUGAUCUCUGCGGAACGUAUAUAUUCUAGAAAUUAUAUGUGGAACAGCCUUCUGCUGUUUAUCUCAGUGUUUUGCUGUGCAUAAUAAUGUAGCUGAAUGUGAAUUAUUAUAUUUUUUUUUUCAUUGGAAGUGAUGGGGUGCAAAUACUUUUACACCUGUUUUGCAAAUCCUCUUAUCGUUUAUUAAAUGGUCACUAACUUUUCACAAAACUUUGCAUAAAUCAAUAAUACAAGCGGCCACAAGAAACUUUGGAAUAUGUUUUAUCAGUGAGAAAUGUCUAGUUCUCCUAUUAUCAGCCACCCACCCCCACUAAUGGCUUCUCACAUUAGAAAAAAAAAUACCUUUUUCCCCAUUCCGGAUGGAUCGUCUCUCUGCAGGAGAAUUAAAUUACAUAUGUCAGUGCAAGUCUGUGGAGUGGGGACGAGUAAGCAGGAACCGAGGAGAGAGACACAGACAAGCAGAUUGCACAGCUACAUAGGUUAUAGCUCAGCACAAGUGCUUUGUUCCCAAGCAUACAGGUCAGUUCUUCUCAGUAAUGUCCCCGUUAUCCUGGGGCUGCUUCUGAGUAAGAGAAAGUUAGGAAGCAGAUUCUCCUCUACUUUCAAUGUGUGCAAUGGAUGGCAGCUUGUCUCCACCCACCAUGUCUGAGAGAACCGCAAGCCAGAUAUUCAGCAAGCACAGAGGAAAAUUGCUAAAAAAAAACGCCAGAUACAAGUACUAUUGACUAAUGCAAAAUGUGUUGAAAGCUCAGUGACGAUUUAA